CAGAAUUCAGUGUGAAAAAUGAAAGAUUGACAUUUGCUGGAACUGCAUAAAUAGAGAUAGUUAUCUGAAUUGCUCCACUAGGCCAACAAUUCCCUUCACCGGCAUCUGAAGAAAGUCCAAGACACAAGACGAACUUCGUCAGAGCAGCCGAGCCCUGGCACAGGUGCUUAGCGCUCAAUCUGAUGUCUUUAUUUAACCAAGCUGGAUUUUGGAUAUAUACAGUUUUGGGAUAGCAGUGCAUGUGGAUUUCUGUAUUUCUGUUGGCUUUGAUCGAUCAGGUAAGAGCAGUUAUUCAUUACUGAAACAAGGAUAGUUUAUAAAGACAUUUCACGGAGAGUAAAUCACACAACAUGAUGAUGCAUAAAUGGUAUGUGUGUCUCUUUUUUACAAGAAGUCUUCUGUAAACCUAAAACAAGCACAAUCAUUUACUUAAACUGUGUAAAAUAAUGGUCAAAAAAUGGUCCCUAGCUGUCACUGGAGUGAAAAGUACACAUUUGCACCGAAAAAGUUCAUAUUAGUGCCCCAAAUGUACAUAUUGGUACCAAAUGUAUACAUAUCUGUACCUAAAUGGUACAUAUUAUAAAGGGUACUACCCCAAUGACAGCUUGGGACCAUUUUUACCCCAGAUUUUACCCCUUUGAGAAUUUCUCAUACACUGUACAAUAUACAGGUAAUGUAAGGCCAGGAGCUGCAUUCGGACGGGCCAACCCAAAAGAUCAUAGCCAGACAGGUGGGACACCAACCCCGCCGGCCAUCAUGGGAGACGGCUGGCUAAGUGCUGACGGAGCCGAGCCAAACAAAGCCACUAAGGGGUCCAGACAACCCUGGUCUCGACCCAGACCGUCCUGGCACACAGAAAGGCCAGCUCAGUCAGCGAUGAGCCCAGUCGCGGAGCUGAUGAAAAGAUAAUUCCCCCCCUCGCAGACCACAUGCGGCGUGGGGCCGUUUGUGAGCGCUGACAGAGCAAGAUCAAGCAGAAAGGAUAUGAGUGGGAAACUUCAAAACCUGCUCAUGUUUCUGGGCCCGUGAAAGGAUUUGUAUAACACAUUCACUUUUGAUGGACUUUCCCAUGUUCUGCCAGACAGCUCUUUUUCUGUUGACGUGUUCAAAUAAUGAAUCUCUUAUGUUUAAUUUUUUUCCCUCCGAGCAAGGCCGUGUUUCUAGUGGUUUUGCAGGGAUGCUGGGUAAUCCAGUCGGUCCGACGCAGCGGCCGUGAACAGAUGGAGUAUCGCUGAUCCUACAGCUGCCAGGGAAGCAGAUGAAUCCAAAGAAAUUGCAAACAGAUUGUCUUCCCCGGGCGUUGAAAUGGAACGUUUAUGUGUAAUUCUUCUGCUUAUAAGUAAAACUGUAAUAGUCAACACGCAAUUCAAUGGGUUCAACUGUGACGGCAACUUUCACAGCCGGUUUCCCACUGAGCGGGACAUCAGUGUAUACUGUGGAGUCCAAACCAUAACACUGAAGAUUAAUUUCUGCCCAGUACUCUUCUCCGGCUACAUAGACACCGAUCUGGCACUCAAUGGUCGUCACGGUGAUGCUCACUGCCGAGGGUUCAUAAACAACAACACUUUUCCUACAGUUGUGCUGUUUAGCAUCAGUCUUAGCACGCUUGAGGCCUGUGGGAACUUACUAAUGGUCUCUACGGCUCAGGGACCCAACGCCUAUGGAAAUGUCUCGAUGGUCCAGAUUGGAAGCAUAUCGGGAUACAUCGACACUCCGGAUCCCCCAACGAUCAUCAGUUACCUGCCGGGACUACUUUACAAGUUCAGCUGUAGUUACCCUUUGGAAUACCUGGUCAAUAACACGCAACUCGCUUCGUCGGCCGCAGCGAUAUCAAUAAAGGACAGCAAUGGUACUUUCAUAAGCACCUUGAAUUUACUCCUGUACAACGACUCCUCAUACGUCCAGCAUCUCGCCAUGCCUAUGGCUGGACUUACUUUGAAGACACGAGUGUACGCCGCUGUAAAAGCCACCAACCUAGACCGGAGGUGGAAUGUUCUGAUGGACUACUGUUACACGACGCCCUCCGGGAAUCCUAAUGAUGAUCUCAGAUAUGACCUUUUCUUUGGCAGAUGUGAUAAGGACCCGCAGACAACGGUCUUUGAGAAUGGGAAGAGCCAGAUGGGCCGGUUCUCCUUUGAGGUGUUUCGCUUUGUCAAGCACAAGAACCAGAAAAUGUCCACCGUCUUUCUGCACUGUGUCACCAAGCUGUGCCGGGCGGACGACUGCCCUUUGCUGAUGCCAAUCUGUGGGAAAAGGAAGAAAAGGGAUGUGUCGGAAAGAACCGGAACGGCCUCUGACAAAGCAGUCAUAACAGCAGGACCCAUUAUCACUAGAAGUGAUGAAACUACCACCAAUAAUUCCCAGAUAGCGCAGUUAAACGGGCCACCGUUCAAAAUGAAUUCGGUUACGAGCGCUUUGAUUUCCGCCAUCGCAAUCCUCGCCGUUAUGAGCAUGUGUUUCUUCAUCUUGUCUCUUACGUUGCUAAAGGGGAACCAGACGCCACGAACAGCCCUGACAGGAGCCCACAACCCGGCUUUCAGCUAAACGCACACACAGAAAAAUUGUUAUUCGGCUGAACAAUGCAACAAUACCUGUUACUUUUGGAGAGCUCUGCAAUUACAGUAAACAUAAUCAUGAAAUACAUGGAAAAUAAUAUCAUUUUAUUACACUACACAUAAAAUUGCCGCUGUUACCCAACAUCAAUACGGCUAUUUUUAUCACUGUAACCACACAAAAGCACCACGUUUCAUUUCUAUAGGCUUAUAGAAAAACAUCUGACCCAUCAAGUUGAAAUCAGGAGUGAUUGUGCAGUACUUCAAUAUAGAAUGAAGCUGAAUAAUUAUUUAAUUAUUGCACUUGUACAUUAAACAAUGGACAGACCAGUGAAAUGUUUUAUACAUAUAUUUACUUUGUUGCUGAAGAUACAGUUACAGUUAUACCUCAACUCUUCGCCGUAUUUUUGCAGGGUUUAAGAUCAGUUACACCAUGAACACAAGCAGAGGUAUCUAAUACACAAGCCUGACACAUAUUUCUAGUCGAGUGAGAAUAUUAAAGUCAACAGGAUUGAAUGUGAGGGGUCUAUUCAUCAUCGGCACAAAGGAUCAUGGGACCCUGUAUUACUCUUUGCAAUAAUUAGUUUGAGUUACAAGCAGAAAGAGAGGGGGAGAGCGAGAGACCAUAGGGAACAAAUUUAAUUAAAUCAAAAAGCAACCUAGUUUGCAGUAUGCUAUUUGAUUGUGGUGGAUGUGAACACUAUUUAAGAUAUUUUUUAGUUUUAAUUAAUUCCAUUUGUUUUUACUCAUUAGUAUUCACAUGUCUCAGUGAUACCAGUUCAAUGUUAAUGAGUAUUAGCAGUUAGUUUUACAUACUCUUAUAUUCACGUUUAGAUAUUUUUUGUAUCAAAUAUUUCAAUUGAAAUUAUGUCUGAAAACAACACACCAGCUUAUGUAUUAUUCCCCAUUUUUGUUCCAUUUGUAUUUUUGG